AUGUCUUAUUUCUUGUCUCCACAAACUCAUCCAGGUCUUCUGUCUUCUGGCCAAGGUGGGGCUGCUUCUUCAAGCUCAUCCCUUGGUCUCUACAAUCCUGUAGAGCCAGUGGUGGUGGCCUCUGGUGGACUAGGCCCAUUGAACCAGAAAACUGAGCAGGUGGCAUCUACUGCUCAGCCGUGGUGCCCAACUUUGACGGUGCCAGAAGCAAGGGGCUGCCCUGGGGGGGCUAGCUGGGAGACUCUACGGUGGAAGGAGUAUGGCCGCUACUGCCACAAAAUCCCCUACGCAAGACAGCCAGAGAGCUUGGGCUGGGAUGAUGGUUGCUCCAGAAGCAGAACCCCUCACCUGGGUGGCCCCAGCAGGCCCGGGCCCUUGCUGCUGUAUGGGCUGUCACCAGGGGUUCUGCAGAUGCCCUCUGUGGCAGGGGGGAAGGAGGCCGGCUCCCAGCCUGACAUCUGCAUCCUUACCCUGGCCAUGAUGAUCGCUGGCAUCCCCACCGUGCCUGUCCCAGGCCUGCGGGAAGAGGACCUGAUCCGGGCAGCUCAAGCUUUCAUGAUGACCCAUCCAGAGCCAGAGGGAGUGGUGGAGGGGGUGCGCUGGGAGCAGGAGCAUGCUCACGCAGCCUCUGGGCAGCUACCCCUAGUGAGGCCCAGGAGGGGUCAGCCUCCUGGCUCCUGCUUGUAGCUGGAUGAAAUAGCACCAGACAUAUA